ACAGGUGGGCCUUUGUUGCAGUAAUUUACUUGAAUAAAAGGUGUCGCUUUUGACCCGGAAGUGAGAGAGCGAGUCGAAGUGAGCAAGAUGGAAGUAGUGAAUGACCAAGCUGCCAUGCUCAGUAAUUAUGAGGUUUUCUCUCUACUAAAAGAGAUUGAGUCUAAAGGAAAGAAGAAGAAGUCCCGUGCCCAGCAGAACCUUGCAACCAUAACAUAUGAGACCCUGAAGUACCUGUCCAACACUCCCUGCACACUACAGAACCCAGAGAUGGUGGCAGAGUUUAUGGAGGCCCUGGGUCCUUACAAUCUCACCAAGGCUGAGAAAUUGCAGCUACUGAAUCACAGACCGUCCAGUGCAGUAGAGAUACAGUUGAUAAUAGAAGAAAGUGAAGAGCGGCUGACAGAAGAACAGAUAGACGAACUGUUGCAGUUGGUCGCUGACAAACUGCCCGACCCAAAUGCACCGGAGGGGGGAGGGGAGGAGGAGGAUGGUGGGGAGGGGGGCACAGAACGUAUGGAGGAAGAGGAGGAAUAGAUAGAGAUGUUUUAUUUUUAGGGUUAUUCCAUCUUGAAAAGUUGGCAGGGGUGAGCAACAUCUUGUAUAUAUUUUCUACCUCGGAUCCCUCGUCGCUGUCAAACUUUUUUUCAAUGGAAUGGUCCAUUUGUAGCCUAUUAGAAUCAUCACCAGUAAUGAUAGAAUUUGGAAGGUCAAUGAGAAUUUGAGUCUGAUCAACUGAAAUUGAAGAUUAUUUAGAUGAAGACAUCUAGUAGUUUGUCUGUUUAAAUCAUUCAUUUUCCAAAUAAAGUAACAUGUAUUUCAUGUG